AUGGACAGAGAAUACACUGAGGAGCCUCCGGCUACACACCCAGCUGAUAUGGGGACCAAUGGAGCCAUGCGGCUGGGUUCAGCAAUCCUUGGUUUACUUCUGCUCCAAGGCUACAGCUCUCAGCCUACGACAACUCAGACCUCUCAUGAAAUUAUACAGAAGGCCUCACAGGGCUCCUUGGUAUCCAGGCCUAUAACACCCGGGCCAAGCACCUUGGAUAAUCACUUCCUUUCCUUGCCUGGCCUGACAUCACAGAAUCACACAUUGGGACUUGGCACAGGGAUGCCAGACAGCAGCAGCAGCAGCAGGAGCAGCAGCGGCAGCCGUGGUGCUGUCAACAGCACAAGAGGAGAAGCGUCUCUGAAUGCUACUCCCAGUUCAGUAACCACAAGCCUGCCGACAAGGGAAGAUGUGCCCAGCCCCACACCCACAUCAGCGUCAGCACUAACUGUGGUUGCCUUUGGUGUUAUCAGCUUCAUUGUCAUCCUGGGGGGUGUGGGGAUCCUCCUACUCAGUGUGGUCAGUCUAAUGUUUAAGCAUUGGAAGAACAAGGAGUCUGAAGAUCCACAGAAACCAGGGAGUUCAGGGCUAUCCGAAAGCUGUUCCACGGCCAAUGGGGAGAAAGACAGCAUCACCCUCAUCUCCAUGAAGAAUAUCAACAUGAACAAUAGCAAAGGCUGCCCCUCAGCAGAAAAGAUCCAGAAGCAGCUUACCACAUCAGAGACCCUGUCCCACGUGGAAGCCACUCUAGACAUUUGGUCUGCUCCUUCCUCCUCCUCAAAAACCAAGGAAUAA